AUGGCAGAUCUACGAGAACCUCAGGCCACCGGCGCAGGGCAUGGCAACACCACGACGCACACUGCCAGUGAUCCAGUAUCCUCGAGAUCAGUUCCACACCUGUCAUCGAGCCCUGCUGUUGAGAUGACCGAUCUAGACGCUUCGCGUAAGCCCCAGAGAAUACCUGGCGCCGGCUCGCAGGACGAUCUUAACAAUGUCGAAAUCCCCGCCAUAAACUCUUCCGCUUACACCACAAAUACACCGGACAUGGCUUCUCCUGAGGAGACGAGGCCCGACGACACAGCGGCGGCAAUGGCGAAACCUGCUGGUCCUCGUUCGUCCACGGAUGCGAACACAUCUGCCGACCCCUUAUCGACAUCGAAUAAUAAUACCCCGGCGUCGCCGGAGCCAGCAGAAGCUUCAGAUGCUCCCACUCCUCAAGAAGUGGCACGGCACGACUCGGCUGGCAUUGGUCCAUCGAUAGAAACAAUUCCUGCUGCUGUUACCACUAGCAGUGAUGCGGGACCGGUCCUGGUUAUCACUUUGCUGCUUACAUCGGGAGCACGGCAUCCAUAUAAAAUCGACGAGAAGUACCUGACGAAGAGGAAUGUCAGCGUUCCGGAUAUGACGGAGAGUGGAAGGAAAGAUCCGUUCAGUAUUAGCGUGUACACGCUGAAAGAAUUGAUACUGAGGGAGUGGAGGAGCGAGUGGGAGCCUCAACCCAGUAGUCCAAGCAGUAUACGAUUGAUAUAUUUUGGAAGACUAUUGGAUGAUAAGACCCCUUUAAAAGACUGUAGGUUCAACGCCGAUGCUACAAAUGUCGUUCACAUGACUGUACGCCCCCAAGAUAUGAUUGAUGAAGAAGAUGCUGCCAAAGCGAAGGGAAUGGGCCGUGACAGAAGCGACAAUGAGAGCACGACCGGUUGUCGGUGUGUCAUCCAAUAA